CGCCUACGGGUACCUGCUGGUGGCCACGACCGGCCAGUGCUUCGUCUACUCGUCCCGCAACUGGAACACGCCGCUCAUCUUCGAGCUGAAGGAGGGCAACGUCCACCUCAUCCUGCAGGCCUCGCAGGUGUUCGCGCUGGUGGACGGCAACUCUGUGUACGUGUACACGUACGAGGCGCGGCUCCAGUGCACACCCCGCUGGCAAGGCAUGCGACUGGACAGCGUGUCCGAACAGACCGCCUCACUCAGCAACGAUACGUUCGCCUGCCGGGACAGUGACAGCGAGAAAGUGAUCCAGCUGAUGGACGCCAUGACCGGCAAACCAGUGAUCGACAAGCCGUUCACUCACAAGUGCGACGUGCUGGAGCUGGCGCUGGACCAGCAGCUGCCGGCCGCCCAGCGCAAGCUCGCCUUCGUCGACGCCAACAAGGAUCUCUUCCUGCUCACGACGCGCCGGGUGGGCGGCGCGCGCAAGCUGCUCCGUCUCGGUAUGAUGGUGCACUCGCUGUGCUGGAGUCACCAGGCCAACAUGCUGGCUGGUCUGCAGGAGUCGCGCCUCUCCGUCUGGUACUACCCGGCCGUCAUCUUCGUCGACAAGGAGCUGCUCAACAUGACCAUCCUGCAGAAGGAAUCUCCCGACUUCGGCAAGAACCCGUCCAUCAGCAAGUUCGGCGGCUCUCAGGUGUCGCUGCGCCGCUCGGACGGCUCCCAGAUCGCCACCAGCAUCUCGCCGUACCCGGCCGUGCUGCACGGCUACGUCAUGCAGGAGAAAUGGGACGACGCCGUGCGGCUCUGCCGCUUCAUCAAGUCUGACUCGCUGUGGGGCUGCCUGGCCGGGAUGGCGACUGUGGCCCGCGAGCUGGAGACCGCCGAGAUCGCCUACUCCUGCAUCGACCAGGCCGACAAGGUCGAAUACCUCCGCUAUAUCAAGGGACUGUCAUCGGCUGAGGCGCAGGCGGCCGAGCUGACGCUGCUGGCCGGCUCACCCCUGGAUGCUGAGGCCAUUCUGGUGCACACCAGCCAGAUAUUCAGGGCAAUCAUGCUCAACAUCCAGCUGUACCAGUGGGAAAAGGCUCUGGCCAUGGCAGUCAAGUACAAGACGCACAUCGACACGGUGAUCGCCUUCCGGAAGAAGUAUUUGGAGCGCUUCGAGAAGGAGGAGACCAACCAGCUGUUCCUUCAGUACAAGUCGAUGGUGAAGGAUGCCAAGAAGCGGAAGCGUGAGGCGGCGGCCGACGAGAACGAGGACAUCCCCGACAUGACGGAGCAGUAGCGGCCCGUAUCACGUGCUGUUCGUGUGCCUGUAUGGAAGCGGACUGGAACAAGAUCAUACUGAAGGUGCAGGUGGAGAUGCAGAAGGAGAGUGUGAACUCGUCCUCGGUCGGCCAGUCCGUCUCCAACACGUACGGCAUCAGCUGGCCCGUGACCAGUCAGGCGCAAGUGGAAGAGGCCGUCUCCGACCAGGAGGUGUUCUGAGUGCCUUCACCUC